AUGCCCGUCCCGUCAGGCUGCUGGCUCCUUCUCCUUUGCCUCGCUGCUGCUGGCAAACAGUUGUCACUACAAAUCACUCCACCGUGUGAAAGCGAACAACACUAUGAAUACUCUGGACGGUGCUGCACAAAGUGUGAGCCAGGAAGGUACAUGUCUGCUAGAUGCACUGGUACUUCUGAUAGCGUGUGCCAGCCGUGUGGCCCAAACGAGUAUAUGGAUGUCUGGAACGAAGAAGAUAAAUGCUUACUACAUAAAAUAUGUGAUCAAGGGAAAGCUUUGAGAGAAGUGAACCCAGGGAACAGCACGUUCCAGCGGCAGUGUGCUUGUACGAUGGGCUACCACUGGAAUGAAGACUGUGACUGCUGUCAGCGAAAUAGCAUAUGUCCUCCAGGAUUCGGAGUCGAGCAUCCUGUGCAACAAGACAAGGACACAAUGUGUAUACCAUGUCCCAGAGGCUACUUCUCAAAGGUCGCUUCAUCCACCGAUGAGUGUAAAUCCUGGACCAACUGUACAUCUCUAGGAAUGGCAGAAAUCGCGCCUGGGACUGACAAGUCAGAUGCAGUUUGUGCAGAACAGAAGAUGCCUGAGCCAUCGGAAGACAGAACAAACAGGAUCUUAUACGUGUUGAUUGUCAUCUUGUUUUUUGUGGCACUAAUUGGCAUUGUCAUCUUCAUCGUAUACUACAAGAAUAAGGGAAAAAAGCUGACAGCAGAUCUACAGAAUUGGGCUAAUGAAGUGUGCAGCCAAAUAAAAGGAACAAAGGAGCCCCCCAGAGAUGCAUUUGUUACCGUGAACGUCACGAAUGCUGCUGUCCCCCAGACCUCUGAAGGUGUAUGUCUCCUGGGCCCCACUGGGUCUCCUGGCCCUGGAAACUCGUGCUGCACCAGUGGUCGCACUGCUUGCAGGAACGGGAGCCCCAGCAUGGUGCCAUGCGAGGCAGGAGGGAGCCUCCAAGAGCUUUCUGUGGUAACUGAGACUGAUGAUGACCAUUUCCCACCAGUUCCCAUGGAAGAUGAAUACAUGGAUAAGGAUCUCAAUACCGCUGAUUAUUUAUCUUCACUGAGUCAGACUGCCAGUAAAACCAUGUUGUCAUUUUCAGAACCAAUGGAGGCAGGGGAGAACGACAGUUUAAAUCAGUACUUUUCAGGGAUUGGGAGCACAGAGGACAUAUCAGUCACUCAAGGCUUUCACCCUUCCUCUGACACAGAUGGGGCACACACUGCCACGGACAAACUUCUUCAGAAAUCUUGCCAACGUGCCCACAGUUGCCUGAAGGAAACAGGCAACAAAGACACAGAUAGUUUUGCAACAAACUAUGACUCAGAGAAGAUCUGUGUGAGGUGUGGCAUUUCGUACAGGGAAUCUCCCAGAAAGUGGAGCAAACCCUGUUGUGCUGCAGCUGACAGUGCCUCCACCUCCCCAGAAACUGGAUCCUAUGCACAGUGCACCUGUGGCUUGAAUUUUCUCUCUGCUGGUCAGAGCACACUAGCAAGUGAUCAUGGUAUGGAAGAUGCAUCUUCGGAUAGUACCAACGUGAAGUACCAGAACACAAACAGAAGCCCUUCAGGGACAAACAGAAGCCCUUCAGGGACAAACAGCAGCACUUCAGACCUCCCUCCAGUAUCUGGAAAUGUGACUGGGAACAGUAACUCCACCUUCAUCUCAAGUGGACAAGUAAUGAAUUUCAAGGGUGACAUCAUUGUUGUCUACCUUAGCCAAAACUCCCAGGAGGGGGCAACGGCCUCGGGACCGAGCGAGGAGAACGUGGGCAGCCCCGUGCAGGAGGAAAACCUCAGCCGCUGCGAGACUUUUGCCGGCAAUGCCCAGCACUACAAGGAGAAGUGUGCCGAGCUGCAGGGCGCCUGCCUGGCGGCAGGGAGCGGGGGGCCACGGUGGCCCGCCGGACCCCUGGCCCAGGAGCGGGGCCCGUCCUGCUGCGGCCAGGCCUCGCAGCCCGUGCAGGAGGAGGGGAAGCUGGGACACUUCUCGGAGAAGGUGUUGAACUGA